UCCUUCAAUCCGGGUAACUCUCACACCCGAGCAAACCAAAUCCCGAAAUUUUUUCUGAAAAACCGCAGGACGUCGCUUGCUCGAGAACCAGCAGAGCAAUUGAGCAAAUCAGCGCGACGAUUGGAAUAGCCCAUCAAUCGGCUGUCUGGAGAUUGCUUGCUUGAGCAUUAGUUUUUGUGUUUGUUUGCAUUCUUUCCUUUCACGUCCAGUGGUAGUCGAGCGAGAUGCCGAAGAAGCCAUCGGUUCCGCUCAAGUCGCUCGUGCGCGGACUUGUUCGAUCGUCGUGGCAUAAACAGAACUUUUACAACCUGGCAAAGAAGGACGAUCUCUACCUCGCGCCCUUCUCCGAGUACAAACAGCGAUGGUUAUCAAAGCGCGAGUCGCGUGCGUACCACGGCGACCAUAUCACAGAGCACCAGUGGCAAGGAGUUUUCAACCCACAUCUGAAGAGCGUCGCGAAUUUCAACAACGACAACCCAGGGCAGUCGACGGCGGAGACCCCCAUCGCCAUGGACUUGUUCACGCCGCUCGAGCGACGACUGGACGUGGCUGUGUUCAGAGCUAUGUUUGCGAGCAGUCCGAAACAGGCGAGGCAGUUUGUGGCUCAGGGAAAGGUGAAGGUGAACGGACGACGGAUGCAAUAUUGCCGGUACCCGCUCAGGCCAGGCGACGUAUUCCAGGUCGAGCCCGACUGUGUCCUCCGAGCGGUCGGUCGCGAGAAGCCGUCGCAAGAGAAGUCGGAACUCGUUGACGAACAGCAGCGGGAAAAUUUCAGACAGUUUUUAGCUUAUUGCGAAGAAGACGCGGAGGAUGCGUUUAAUGAAAAGUUUCAGCCUAUGCCCGUCGAUGGUUUAAUGGAUGGCGAUGCCCUCUACCGCAAGUGCAGACUUACGGCUAUCGAAACUUUGAAGAAGAGGAUCGCCGAGAUGGAGGCGGAGGACUUUGACCGCUCGAUUUAUGAGGAAUCUGCGGUCUCAGGACUGCUUACCGCAUUUGAAGAAUUCAAGGCUUCCAACAAGGAGUCCGAUACGUCUACGGACGAUACGUCUACGGCUGAGGUGACUCCGCCCAGUCAUAUCGAGACCGACAGUCUUAAGGAAGCGUACAAGAAGGUUUUCUCUGCUAAAGCCGUGAACCAGGAUUCCAAUGAGUUCAAGGAGCUGGUGAAGCACUUCAUCGAGGUUGAACACGGGUUUGCUAUCGCCGAGAGCCAGGAGCUUCUCAGUGAGUUCCUGGCGCCAUCCAGUCAAUUCACUCCUCACUGGUGGUAUGUCUACAAAAAGGAGUUCACCGGCCUGGACUUGCCAUGGCAAGAAGGCCCUUAUGGUCUAGAGGACCCAGACAAGCCCUACUUCACACCUUGGACUCCGCGCCCGUUCCUGGCGCCGUUCGCCAUCCUGCCGCAUCACAUUGAGAUCUCGUUCAAGAGCUGUAGCGCAGUCUACAUGCGUGAUCCUGUCAUCAGAGAGGGACAUUCCGAGGUCAUCUCUCCGAUUAGCUUGGAGGCGCACCAGAACGCUUACCGAUUCUACGUCAGACGGAGAAAGUAAAUCUGUUAUUUGCAGAGUUGAUCUUACCUGAACGGAUCGGCGGGUUGAUGGAGAUGGGAAAAUAGAAUGUACAAAGUUUGUUGUGUCGACGCGCGAGUUUAGCACUUUUCCAUGUAUAUAAGCACGUAACAUGUUUUAU